AUGGUGAAAUAUACCCAUGCCGAAGAGCUCAGAUUCAAGCUUCCUAUUGAAGAAACUUCUGCUGAUCUCAACUAUGCAAAAUACUUGGAUGAUCCAAACAACAACGGUGAGUUUGAUGAAUUGUUUUUACGCAAUGAUGCAUCACACGAACGACUGGGAAACAUUCAAAGUAUUACAAACAUGAAUCUAGGGAUUUUUGGACAAGUGGAAGGGCUCAGUUUGUUGGACGCGUUAGAUGUUAAUACUGAUAUAACAACCGCUGCGUUGCUUCGAGUUCAUCUAUUACGGAUUUCAAUGACGAUUUGGUUAUUUUUCCAUCUUGGACUUAUACAUUGGUUAGAAUGCUUUGGGAAUAUAUGUGAGUUAGUUCAUCAGUUCUUGUUUAUGUUAUGUUCCGAAGCAAAAGCACAAGCCAAAAAGCAGAAGUUUUCAAUAAGAGGCAUCGAUUAUGUUAUUGAGGCUGCCAAUUACCGCUACUAUAUUGUCGAACGAUUUCCACUUGUGUUGUGCCAGUUUUUAUGUAGAAAUUUAAUUUGCUAUAGUCCAUCUGGGCUUAAAGAAUUCCAAGAAUCAUUUCCCCUGGUUGACAAACUGUUGUUUCCGCAGAGUACAUGUCUAUUAUUAAAAAUCAAUGAUAAUUUGCUUGCAGCUCCACCCGAUAUUCCCCAACCGUAUUUGGACAAUGGAAAAGAAGUAAAAGUCCCCAGUAAAAGGGAAUAUCAACAUGUACUAUCCUUGAGAAACGAAUAUUUUACGCAGAAGAGAACUCAUCUUGCAGCCGAGAAGGUUAAAAUGUUGAGUGAGAUUGGAAGGUUUGUUACCUGGAAUUGUUUACUUCCUUCUAUUAAAUUUGUCGAUAUAUACGAGAGAUAUGGGUGUAUAUGGGAUGGGAAUAUUCUUACGGUUGAAGAGAAAUUAGAAACGUUGGGGGCCUCUAUAUUGAAUGAAUUAUGUUCGUUCACGAAUACAUGUUCGAAGGAUGAAUUGAACUAUUUGAAGAACAUAAUUCCAGAAAUUACGUUAUUUGAUAUUGCAACUGGAACAAAAUAUAUUGUUCAUGGAAAUGUUACUGAGGAUUUUGGAUAUGAAUUGGAAUUUCCCGACAGCUUGGAUAGUUCUACUUCCAACAAGAGAGUGUUGAUGGUUUACUUAAGCGACGGACGACUGAGAAAGGAAUUAAUGUUGAAUUAUGCUCUUCAGUCCAUAAGCAAAGAAAGAUUAGAUAUAGCCCCUCGAAUUUUACUUCCUUCUACUCCAGAUUUAGUAAUUGUUACAGGGAAAACUUACCAAAACCCUCUUCAAACAUACGGGUUUGCGUGUGCAGAUGAGGGCGGCUCAAGGUUGAUAUCGCCAUUAAUUUAUUCAAGACAAGGCAGAUUUGGGUUCAACCAGUUUUCAAGGUCAAUUUUUAGCUAUAUUUCGAAUAAUUCGACAUCUGUCUUAAGUACUGAAAAAACUGAAUCUGCCACAUGUAUUGAGAAUGGACCAGAUGCUGAUAGUCUUGCAACUACAAAUAAAAGUAUCUCGAGCUAUGUAAGUUUUCAAUCAAGCCAAUAUUUAACGAACCUCUUUAAACGAGUCAAAGGAUUAACCACAUUUGGUACUACUUCAGAUAAAGAAGUCGCGUUGGAAGAUUAG